AUGAGGCUAACCCUCACCCUCGCCGCCCUCUUGGGCGCUGCCCUGGCUCUCCCAACUGGGAUGCCACCUCGUCCGAUCGCAACCGACGAUCCUCUGCAGGACCUGCCGGAGUUCCAGGCCGUCAACGGCACCAACGACAGCACCGUCACCACCGAUCCCUUCGGGGAUGUCGACUUGCCCCACCCCAAACCAGAGUUCCCGUGCAAAGGUGCUUCUCCGUAUUGCGGCUCGCGGCACAACUUUUGGAACUUCUGGAGCGACCCCAUCCGCGGUAUUGCCCCUCGCGGUGACGGUCAUCACGACAAGCACGACCAGUCCUGGGGCUCAGCCAUCAAAGAUCUCUGGCGUUUCGUCUGGAACCGCGACGAGGGUGCUGUCGCCCCUCGCGGUGACGGUCACCACGACAAGCAGGACCAGACCUGGGGCUCAGCCAUCAAGGAUCUCUGGCGUUUCAUCUGGAAGCGCGACGAGGGCGCUGGUGGGGAGAAGGAUCCCGGUCCCUGUGACGAGGGGGAGGCCGAUCCCGCCGAGGAGUGGAGCAAACGCAUUCGCGAUCCCCAGGAUGUGGAGUCUGACCGUGCUGUCGUUGAUGCUCGCGAUGUCGCUGUUCGUGAUGACGAUGGAGAGAAUCCGUGCGAGAAGAAGAUCAAGCCCGCGGAUGUGCUCUUCGUCUUCAGCGCGUACGACAAAGGUCUCAAGUGCGCGAAGUGGCGCAAGGAGCAGAAGGAGAAGUGGAACAACAACUAG